AUGNCAUUGAAUCAUCAGUGUUGUUCGUCUUGCUCAUGGGGGAGCUCUCGUGCUGUUUCAUCCAGAGGAUUGGUUGAAACCAACAUUUGUCAUUGUGGGGAGGUUGCUGUGUUGAGAGUGGCUAAAACGGUGAAGAACGACGGCAAACAGUUUUGGGGAUGCCCUAAUUACAAGCGUACUCGAAACGAAGAACUUCAAGGAUGCAAUUAUUUUAAAUGGCGCAAUGAAGAAAAUUUGGAUGAAAGGGAUACUACUAUUGCUAGACAAAGGAGAAAAAUUAUUAGUAUGGAGAAAUCUGCAAUGGUUUCUCAGAAACGGGAGAAACAACUAACAUGGAUGNUAUGUUUUAUGGGAUUUAUUAACAUCAUCCUUCUUUGUAUGUUGUUCAAAAUUCCAUGA